AUGUUUCAGGACACUGGUGUGGGCAAAUCAAGUAUCGUGUGGAGAUUUGUAGAAGAUAGCUUUGAUCCCAACAUCAACCCAACAAUAGGAGCCUCAUUUAUGACCAAGACUGUACAGUAUCAAAAUGAGCUGCAUAAAUUCCUAAUUUGGGAUACAGCUGGACAGGAGCGGUUUCGUGCUUUAGCCCCAAUGUAUUACAGAGGGUCAGCAGCAGCCAUUAUAGUGUAUGACAUCACAAAAGAGGAAACUUUCUCAACAUUAAAGAACUGGGUUAAAGAGCUUCGACAACAUGGACCUCCAAACAUUGUUGUAGCUAUUGCAGGAAAUAAGUGUGAUCUUAAUGAUGUAAGAGAAGUCAUGGAAAAAGAUGCUAAAGACUAUGCAGAUUCCAUUCAUGCAAUAUUUGUAGAGACAAGUGCGAAAAAUGCAAUAAACAUUAAUGAACUCUUUAUAGAAAUUAGAUAUGUUUCAGACAGCAGCACCAAUGUGCAGGUCGCAGAAUUCCAUCAACUGACACCAACCCCCCGUCUAGUGGUAAGGGCUUCAAACUUAGAAGACAGCCAUCGGUGA